UAAGUCACUCACUUUGCUUUCGCUCUGUUUUAGUUUUUUGCAUCACGCUUAUGCAAGUUACCAAUUUUGUCAGUUCCAAAUUGGCUCAACAGGAGACAGAUCGUGUUUCUUUGCAGGCCUUCAAGUCAAAGAUUAUUCAUGAUCCUCAAGGGGUUCUAAACUCGUGGAAUGAUUCUCGCCACUUCUGCGAGUGGGAGGGGAUUACCUGUGGUCAUAGGCAUAGAAGAGUCACCAUCCUAAGCCUACGUUCUAGAGGUUUGUUUGGAUCCUUGUCACCACACAUUGGCAACCUCAGCUUCCUACAGAAGUUCGAUCUCUCAAACAAUAGUAUCCAAGGUGAAAUCCCUCCUGAAGUUGGCCGUCUGUUCAGGUUAGAAGAUUUACAGAUUCUAAAUAACUCUAUGGUGGGAGAAAUUCCAGCCAACUUGUCCCAUUGUUCCAGGCUGACAUUCUUAUUUUUAGGAUUUAACAAGCUAGUUGGGAAAAUUCCACCGCAGUUUGUCUCCUUGUUCAACCUCAAAAAGAUAUAUCUGCACUAUAACAAUUUGAUAGGAGGCAUCCCACCAUUUCUUGGGAAUCUUACCUCCCUGGAAGUGCUAUCUAUGGGUUUCAAUCAUUUUGGAGGAAAUAUUCCACAUUCAUUGGGUCAGCUCAAAAAUUUAAUAGCUCUUGGAAUUGGUGGAAACAACCUAUCUGGUGUUGUCCCUCCUUCUAUGUACAAUCUCUCCUUCCUUGCUAUUUUUUCUUUGCCUUUGAAUCAACUUGAGGGAAGUCUUCCACCACAUUUAGGCCUUACUCUUCCUCGUCUCCAAUAUUUUCAAAUCACAGACAACUUUUUUGGUGGAUCUAUUCCAGUAUCUUUAUCCAAUGCUUCGAAACUCCAAAAUAUUCAGAUGGGUUUUAAUGAAUUUUCAAGAAAAUUGCGUGUUGAUUUUGGAGGCAUGCAAUGCCUUAAAUUCCUAAAUUUGGCCAUCAAUAAUUUAGGAAGUGGGGAAGGUGAUGAGAUGAGUUUUAUCGACUCUUUGGCCAACUGCAGCAAUUUGUGGAAGUUCUCCAUAUAUGGAAACCAAUUCAGAGGACCCUUGCCCAAUUCAAUAGGUAACCUUUCUAGUACUAAACUGCAACAUUUAUUUGUUAGUGAGAAUAAUUUGUAUGGAACAAUCCCAUCAGGGAUAGGCGGCCUUCUUAACUUAAAUUGGUUGGGUAUGAGUGGUAACAAUUUUUCAGGCACAAUUCCCGAAGAAUUAGGUAAGCUCCAAAACCUUGAAAAUUUAGAUCUGUUUAGCAACAAACUCUCCGGCGAAAUUCCUCCUUCUUUGGGGAACUUGUCAAAAAUCAAUGAGUUAUGGUUGUCAGAUAACAAAUUAUCAGGAGUCAUACCUAGUAGUCUAGGAAAUUUGAAACAAUUGAAAGAUUUGGAUCUGUCCCAAAAUGAACUUAGUGGAACCAUACCCAAACAAGUUUUUGAAAUAACGUAUCUGUCAAUUUCACUAAAUCUCUCACAAAACCAAUUGAUUGGACACAUACCUCCAAACAUUGGUAGCCUAAAACUUCUUUCCAGUUUUGCUGUGUCCGAUAAUAAUUUGUCAGGUGAAAUUCCGAGUCAAUUUAGUCUCUGUUCUAGUCUAGAAUAUCUUGUAAUGGAUGGCAAUGCUUUCCAAGGAUUUAUACCAAUAUCAUUGAGUUCUCUGAGAGGUAUUCGAAUCAUUGAUCUUUCUCACAAUAAUUUGUCUGGCAAAAUUCCAAAGUUCUUAGAGAUUCUCGCUUUGGAGAAUCUAAACCUAUCCUUCAAUAAUUUUGAGGGCGAAGUGCCAUUGAAAGGUGUUUUUGCAAAUGCAAGUGCAAUAUCACUUGUUGGAAAUAACGGUAGACUUUGUGGAGGAAUAGCUGAACUACAUUUGCUCAAAUGCACUAGCAAGAACGCAAAGAAAGAGAGGAUCUCCCCACGAACCAAACUAUUGAUAUCAAUUGCAAGUGUCCUUUCAGGACUAACCAUGAUGUCAUUAUUCAUUUUUUGUUGGCUCAGAAAGAGAAGAGGGAAACAACCUUCUAAAUCUGGAUCCAAGUUGAUAAAAGAACUUCUGAAUGUAUCGUAUGAAAGGCUACUCAAAGCGACCGAUGGGUUUUCUUCAACAAACUUAAUUGGUGCGGGAAGUUUCGGCUCUGUGUUUAAGGGUAUCCUUGAUGAAGAUGGAACUAUUGCUGCAAUCAAAGUACUAAAUCUUCAAUGUCGAGGAGCAUCCAAGAGUUUCAUGGCAGAGUGUAAAGCGUUGAGAAAUAUUCGUCAUAGGAAUCUUGUAAAAGUCAUAACUUCUUGCUCAAGUAUUGAUUUUCAGGGCAAUGACUUUAAAGCUAUUGUUUACGAGUACAUGCCAAAUGGAAGUCUUGACAAGUGGUUACACCCAAGUCCAGAAACAGAAGAAGAGCAACCUGAAAUUCAGAAUCUUACCCUUCUUCAGAGAAUAAACAUUGCAAUUGAUGUGGCAUCUGCAAUAGAUUAUCUCCAUUAUUGUUGCCAUGAGCCAAUCCUCCACUGCGAUUUGAAGCCUAGCAAUGUUCUUCUAGAUGACGACAUGACAUCUCAUGUUGGGGAUUUCGGUCUAGCAAAGUUUCUCCCAGAAGUCUCAAAUCCAAACCAAAGCAGCUCUGUUGGUGUAAGAGGAACAAUAGGCUAUGCAGCCCCAGAGUAUGGUCUUGGAAGUGAGGUGUCGACAAAUGGGGAUGUCUACAGUUAUGGGAUCUUGUUGUUAGAGAUGGUAACAAGGAAAAGGCCCACAGACCUUAUGUUUGAGGGAGGCUUCAAUCUUCACAAUUUUGCCAAAAUGGCCUUGCCUGACCGGGUGAUGGACAUUGUCGAUCCAGUACUUCUAAAUGAGGUUGAAGAGGUUACUGCUACUAAUCGUAUACUGGCACAAGAAAGAAACAUUAAAAGAAAGGAAUGCCUCAUCUCAAUGGUAAGGGUCGGAGUGGCAUGUUCAAUGGAGAUACCACAAGAUCGAAUGAACAUAACCAAUGUUGUUCAUGAAUUACAAGCGGUCAAGAACAUCCUUCUCCAGCCUAGAACUGUUCUCAUCAGGCAAGGAGGUCAAUCAGCUUGAGCGAGGUGAAAUGUGAACGCAGUUUCUGUGAUUAUCUGCCAGGCCACCCACAUUUUAUCAACUUAUUUGUAUUUUAUUUUCAUUUUGAAGUUAAAUCCCUUUGAUGGAAGUUUGCUAGACACUUUUAUUGAGUUUGAAUGUUUGAUUUAAGAGUUUCAAGAUUUCGACAUAUUUUAUUUCAUUUGGAUGGAGUGACUUAAAAAUUACAAUAAACAGGACAAAGACAAUUCCCACCAAAACGCACAGUUUAUUAGAAAGGUCAUUAGGCAAUAAACAGUUUCAAUCUGUCAGUCACUAUUUGAAUGUUAGAAUGUUUUCUAUCUAAUUUGAAUACUCAAUUACUUGUCAAAAAGAUCAUGUAUUUUCUAAUGUUAUUCUUGUAAAUUGGAGUAUGGUCUCGGAAGUCUAGAGGUGUCAACAAACAGGGAUGUCUAUAGUUUUUGAAUCCUGUUAUUGGAGAUGAUAACGAGGAAAAGGCCAGAGAAAUUAUGUAUAAGGGAGGGCUUAAUCUUCAUAACUUUGCGAAAAGAUGAAGAAUUUACGUCAAAAACUUCGUAUUGUGCGGGAGACAUCACAAAAUUCUUAAGUUGCUUGUUAGAUUAGAACUCCAUUGAAACAUCUGAGACUUGAGAGGAGAGAAUUAGAGAGAGAUGAGAGGACGAGAAAAGAAAGAAGGCGGAAGCGAAGAGAAUUGAUUUCUACUGGCAUAUAUAUCGACUUGAGAGAAUGAGAGCCAAACAAACACAAGCAAGCUCUGUGAGAACAUUUGAGAUUUCAGCUCGUCCUUGUUGUGUUCCAUAAGUCAGCUAAUGGAGUAAAAGUUGAUCCCAGUGCUGAAGACUGUGCAAGUUUACUGGAGUUUGGUGGAAAUUGAUGUUCAAUGACUGUAUCAUAAUAUAUUAUGUUUUUGGUGGUUGUUCUCAGGUUGAAGGAGGUGCGAAGGCUGUAUCAAUAAAUGUUCCGGCUUGUUUCAACCAAAAAACAAGGCGGGAAAUCCAGGCUGAUGCUGCAAAUGUGGAUCUGAGAUCUAGGUGUCCAUAUUUCUACAAAUGUGGCUGUAAGAUAGCACCAAUGAUUGGUGAUCGAACAAUUGGAAAGAUCGAUGCUCCUGUUUACAUUUCGGAUGUGGUAUAAGGACUUUACCAAGGCACACACUGUGGCUUAUGCAGUGGCUUCCAAAUUCUUGAUGGCUUUAACAAAAGAAGAAACUAACUUGUAAAUAGCCGCACAAAACUCCAUGGUAGCCUUUAAAAAGUGGUGGAUAGGUGGCCCCAAAUUUCAGAGGGCCUCAGUUCUUGGGGGAAGAGGAAACCAAUUGAGUAGGUGCUUUUCCUAACCUAAUUAUAAUUUGUUGUACACCAUGUGAGUCUACUUUGUAAGUGUAAGUGUCAUGCCGAGAGGUUUCAUACAUGCGUGAUGUAACAUAGAAAGUAGUAUUUGAGUUUAGAUUUUAAGAAUUUAUAGGUUUCUUUGACCUUGUCCAUUGAUAAUAUUAGUUUAUAUUUUGCAGAAGUAGUAAAGAAAGAAGGAAAGCCUACUGCUGUUUGUGGUGGUUUGGUAAUUUGUCAAUAGCUAGAUACUGCUAUUUAUAAAAUUUUGAAGCCCUUGUCUACGUGGGUUCAAAAGAACACUUUUUUAAUAAUAAAUAUGUUAUUUA